GGCCGCGCUCAAGGGGGCCGGCUACUGCUGACGCCACCACCAUCAUCACCACCAUCACCAUCAUCACCACCACCAGCGAGCGAGGAGAAGGAAGACCCAGCGGGGAUGUCGCGACCCGCUGGAGGCAACGAUGCGCGUCUGUAACCCGGCACCGCGGCAGCUGCAGCAGCCAGGACAUGUGCAGUUUCUUGUCGUUCGGAGAUGGCAGUUUUGCUGCAGAAGUUGAACUGCAGACGAACCUGCAUGGCCUCAAGUCUAGCACAUCUGUCAAGGUGGAAGGAGAUGACGCCGAUGACUCCUGUGUGGGUGGUAGUGAGAGCGACACGUUUUCACAUGCGGUUGACCAACUCGAAGUUGUGGGAGUUUCAGACCAAGAUGAGUCUUCCACAGAUGUUAAACUCGAGGACGGUGAGAUUGAGGGAAAGUACCUCUCCUCAUCGCACUUCAACUAUUUCCAGGAGACCUUCAGCGACAGCAGUUUAGAGGAUGAACAGCAGGGCCUAGAAUGUGUUGGUAAGAUUGGGGGUGGUGGUGUUGAGGAUUACAACAUUGAAACCAAUGAAGGGAAAGCCUCGGCUGAGUAUCAGCAGCUGCUGGAGAGAGGUGAGGCCUGUGGCGAAGCUCGCGAAGUAAUCCCGAGCCGGGAGGACAAAACUGGCGACAUUCGGCCGUACCGCUGCACGGACUGCGAGCGCGUGUUCCCGCAGCGAUAUCAGCUCAAGUGCCACGUGCGUGAGCACACCGGAGAAAUGCCGUUCGUGUGCGAGGAGUGCGGCCGCGGUUUCCACACGCUGUCCACCUUCACCGUGCACCGGCGGCGCCACACGGGCGAAAAGCCGUACGCGUGCGAGGUGUGCGGCAAGGCCUUCGUGAGCGUGGCCUGCCUGAGGCUGCACACGCGCACGCACACGGGGGAGCGGCCGUACGUGUGCGACGUCUGCGGCCGUGCGUUUGCGCUGAAGUGCGCCCUGACGGUCCACCAGAGGACACACACGGGCAAGAGGCCCUACGUCUGCGAGUUCUGCGGCAAAGCGUUCGUGGUGGCGAGUGCUCUCACGGUACACCGGCGCAUUCACACCGGAGAGCGGCCGGUGACCUGCGAGCGCUGCGGAGCUGCCUUUGUCAGCUCGUCGGGCCUGGCCAAGCACAUGACGAGUCACACGGGCGAGAAGAAGUUUGUGUGCAAGGAGUGCGGGAAGGCGUUUGCCCGCUCCUCUUAUCUCACCCAGCACGUACGCAUGCACACGGGGGAGAAGCCCUGCGUGUGCUCGCGCUGCGGGAAGGCAUUCAAACAGUACGCGGGACUCAACUACCACAAGAAGAAGUGCCUCAUCAGUUGUGUUUCUUAAACGGUGACCGCGAGGAAAUGAAGCCGUGCAACUUGUGAUGGGAACCAGCUAAUAGCAGGCAAAACAUCUCACGCCUUGCUCCGUUACAGUAUUGUUUGAUCCGUCUUUCGUGAAGUUAUUGGGGAGAGGGGACAUUUGCGGUUUGAAUUCCGACACUUGUAAUGUCAUUUUGACUGAUUUAAACGUCUAUAGAUUCCCCUUGAACAGGGAAUGUAUAUGUAUGUGACUUUGGGUUUACUGCUUUAGCACCAUUGCAUCAUGAAGCUGAGUUUCUGUCACUAUAAAAUUCACAAUUAUCUCACGUCACUACGAGUGUUAGUGGCAUUACUGACACUUUAUUUUUUGUCAAAUGUUAUUGUAAAAUGUCUUCGAUAUUUACACAUUUUUGUGGAAUGGCUUCAGCCAUCUAAGUUAAAUAUGGGAUAUCUCUUUGUUACAAGAGUUACAUUUCUGUUCUGUUUAUGACUGCACCCAAUGUUUGACAGAAAAGAACGCAGGAUUCAGAUGUUUGGUAUUGAAGCAUAUUGUAAAGCUCAGAUUCUAUAAACGUGAUUAAUACGUUAUGCAUGUUAGAAUUCAAUCAUUGAGUGAAUCGGUAAUGGUAACUCCCAACAAGAGUGAAGUUGCUGCUAAUGCUUUUGUGUUUAUUGAUAUUCAAUAUGUGAUCAUUAAUGAAGUGAUACAAUUAGCAGUGGACUUUACAUCAAAUGCUUGGAACCACAAGUGUAAAAACAUUCAUGUACAUUGGCUAAGAAUUUUAUAUAUAUUUAAAUUGACGCUUCAGUAUUUUUGUAAUAAAUCAUUAUAAAAAAAUGCUUCUUUCGAGAAUGCUCUCGUUAACUGAAUAGAUUUUUUUCCUUGGAAAAAUGCAAAGUUCCAUCUGUCUUAAUAACCCCCAAAAACGAAAUCAGACAAACCUAUUAACUGAUCCCUUCCCUUGGCCCUCUUAUCUUAAAACAAUACAAACUCACCACACAUCAAUAUGCUCCAUAGCAUUGCCCUUUUAGAGGGCUAUGAAAAGUGUAAGUAUUACAGUAGAAGCUGGAAUGUUUUCAAUAUCUGACAUCCUUUACCAGUGACGUGGACGAUUUAAACGAGAGGUUUUACUUUGUGGAGUACUCCCUUGCUUC